CUCUGGAACUAACCUGAAACGGACGAUAACUUCUAGAAAAAUCGUAACGUGGUUUUGUCGUUGCUCGUUGCGUUUGAUAUUCUUAUAAAUUGGAUUGAUUUUCGGUAUUUUUGUAAUAAUUUUUCUCCCCAGUGUUCAUUUUAAGUGAUAAACAUGCCGCAAGGCAGGAGAAAAGUUCCUUUCAGUGGCAAGCAGAAGAGGGAACAGCUCAAAGACAAAAGACAGAACAAGAAGGUGUCAGCGAUCUGGAGGGAUGAUGAUUCUCAUGCUAAGAAAAGAAAUGAAGCAGGCAAGGAAAGUCGUGAUGCAGCAGAUGACAUCACAAACGUUAUUAAAAUUAAUGAACAGCCAACCAAAUCAGGCGCCCGAUCAAAUCCCAACCGGUAUGUCUUACAGUUCCAUCGAGAAACUCGUGAAGAAAUACAAGCCCGAAGGCAAAAGUGUAACACCACACUAACUCCAGCUCCUGAAACAGAUCUAGAAGUGGACAUUGAUGAUUUCUUUGUUCCUGGGCUAGAGUUUCCCAAAAGACCGCCAUGGAAUUUCAACAUGUCACGAGAGGAGCUGGACGCCAGAGAGCAUCGAUAUUUUACUGAAUACAUUCAAGAGAUCCAGAAAAAUUUUGACUGGAAGGAAUUGAGUUACUUUGAAUUGAAUUUGGAGACCUGGAGACAGCUCUGGCGAGUACUGGAAAUGUCUGAUAUUGUCCUUGUCAUCGUAGACAUUCGGUACCCAGCCUUGAUGUUCCCACCAUCAUUGUACCAUUUUGUAACGGCUAAGCUGAACAAGCAGAUGAUCCUUGUUUUAAAUAAAGUUGAUCUUGCGCCUGCUCCUCUGGUCGUCGCAUGGAAAGACUAUUUACACACUAAGUUCCCAGAGCUCACCAUUCUCCACUUUACAUCUUUUCCAACUUACAAUCUAAGAGGAAAUACCAAUGAGAAAAAAGGAGGCCUUCAAAAAAGAAAGCGAAGAGGCAAAUUAAGGAUGGCAGCUGAAGGAGCGCAGAAAUUAUACGAAGCCUGUAAAGAAAUUGUUCAAGAUGAAGUUGAUCUCAGCUCCUGGCAAAAGAAAAUAUCAGAGGAAAUGGAACUUGAAUAUGAAGUGGAAGGUGUCGAAGUUGAAGAAACAAUUGAUUUGAAAAAAGUGGACACAAGCUUCCACGAACAUGUUAAAUACAAAGAAGGUGUAUUGACGAUAGGAUGCAUUGGUCAGCCAAAUGUCGGUAAAUCAUCACUUAUGAAUGCCAUCAUGGGUAAGAAGGUUGUGAGUGUAUCGAAGACGCCUGGUCAUACAAAGCAUUUCCAGACCAUUUUUCUAACGCCACAAGUCCGACUCUGUGAUUGUCCCGGUUUAGUGUUCCCUUCAAAAGUACCCAAGAACUUGCAGGUACUCAUGGGUAGCUACCCUAUCGCUCAGCUUCGAGAUCCCUACACUGCUGUAAUGUAUGUAGCAGAAAGAUUAGACCUAGUAAAAUUAUUGAAACUGCAACAUCCAGAUGGAGAUGAAUACUGGUCUGCAAUGGACGUGUGUGAAGCAUUUGCGAUAAAGAGAGGAUUCUACACAGCUCGAGUUGGUCGUCCAGAUGCCUACAGAGGAGCUAAUUAUCUAUUGAGAAUGUGUCUAGAUGGAGAAAUCAGCUUAUGUUUGAGGCCUCCUGGGUACUUCAAGAGGCAAGCUCAUUGGCAGAGGCACCCAGAAGUAGAAGUCGUCCGAUGGAUUCAAGCGCAGACAGGAGAACAACCAUACGUCAAAGAGCCGAUGUUGCUAUCAGAUGAUGAUGAUGAAGACUGGAAUAUUCCAACCAAAAAACUUAAAAAUCCAAAAGAGGGCACUACCAGCCAAGCAUCUAGUCAGAACAACGAUGAAUCUGAUUCCGGAGAAGCGGAAGAUGAAGAGGAGGAAGAAGACGAAGAAGAAGAGGAGGAAGAAUCAAGUGAAGAAGAAAGGGGACCGACAAAUAAAUUUGAUUUACUCAACGAUGAUGAUUAAGAAUGUACCUAAUUACAGGAGCUUGGGUUCACAGGUCAGUUUUAUCAUUAUCAAGGAGUCAACUAAAGAGUACAAAUCAUGAAGUAGUUGAAUUAUGUCAAACCAAAACCGCCAAUGUCCAUUUUUCCAGUUUUGAGUUUGUUUUGGGUCGAUAAUACUCUUCAGAGAUAAAUGCAAUCAUGAAAAUGGUGUUAAUACUCGUUUUAGGGUUAUUUUAAUCCCAAAACAAGUCCUUGCACCACUAUCAUGACAGUAUCAACUCUUGAAUAAUUAUCAACACCAGAAAAUUUCAAACUGGUAAAAUGAAUACUGGCGGUUCUCGCAUGACACGUUUCAAUCAUGUUUAAAACAGGCGAAUCGUCAUUUUCAAAAGAACAACGCAUCAAUGGAAAAUAUAUCCUUCUGUAAAACCAAUCAGAUUGAUUGAGAGGAGUUUCUUAAUCCCAAAUUGUCAUGUACCAACUGAGCUGUAUUACGCCUCAGCAUUUUAAAUUAGGCAUUUUUAGCAGAUUGUAGGCAUCUGCUCCAGUGAAGUAUGAAACUCAACUUAAGGGACUAAGGGCCAUUCCUGUCAAAUCAUUUAACUAGUAGUUGACUGUCUGUUAAGGUCCAACUAGAGGUUGGUGUGUCUUGUCAAUUUACAACUACUGGUUGAGAGGCUGUUAACGGGCUGAUUUUCAACUGGUGCUUUUUCUGCCUGUUAGGUUUCAACUAGGACUUCAGACAAAACAUUCGUUCCGGUUCUUCGCGUUUCACUAGUUCACAAAGAGCCUGAUUUAACUACCUGGGCUCGGUUUGCGGACCCCGCCACCCGCACCCUCCUCUUUGCAAGGGUUGUUCUAUCCUCUCGUUCAACUGCUAAUUGAAUUUUCGGCAAGGGUUCCCAGACAUUAGAAACAACCUGAUGUAGGAUAUGAGGGAACAAAUCAUGUUAAUGCACUAUUUGGCAAGUAGUCUUUGUUCAGGAACUAGAGGUUGAAAAUCAGUGACAAGACUCUCCUUCAGGUCGAACUGGAAGUUACCUUUAACUGGUAGUUCGUCAACUAGCAGUUGAGACCCGAUUUGACAGGAAUAGCCCUAACUCUUGUUGUUGAAAAGGCUUUGCCCAGUUACUUUUUGGCUUCAACUUUUUAUUUAAGAUUUGGGAAUGAUUGAUUAUGUUAUUUUCCCAAUUUCUUGCAAAA